AGUUGUAAAUUUAUUGUUGUGUAAUUUAUUUAGGUUAACACCUAUGUAGUUUCUUUGACACAAAUUGAAUAAUAAAAGGUUACGUUUUAUAAUAUUUAUUUAUAACAAUAUAUUAUUACAAAUUUGAAGUAAAAGUGAAACCAUUUAAAAUACAUACAAAUAUUUUGGAUACAACAAAUGUGUCGAUAUAUUGGUACAAUAAAAGUUGUUGAGAUAUAUACAGAGUGACCGUUUAAAACCCCUCCUAAAAGUGUGUUUGAAUUAGUUAAACGGUUCAAAUAUAGACUGGAAUCGGUUGAAGACGAUCAACGUGAAAUUUCUCAUUUAAUGUGAAUUUAAUAAUCAUUACGACGCGAAUAUCUAGUGUUAACAAAAGCUAAUUACAUCCAAUCGUGAUGAUAGUACAAGUUAUUACCAAUGAACAGUGACAUCCAGAGCUACGCCUCAACCUGAACAAGUCAGGUUAUCACUUGAUACUUGAGUAUAAUUCCGACACUUUCCAAUAUACUUAAAAGAGGGGGGAAAUUUGUAAGGUUUGAAACAAAGAUGACGUAAUCGUGACUGUUAGCUGUAUUGUUUGUUGUUCAUAUCCACGGCAUGGAGAAUUUUUUUUCAUUAGCUACAAAUAAUGAGUGGUGCAUCUUAAGAUAGAAGGAUGUACUGGAUUUGCGAAUUUGUUAUGAACGUAAUUCUCGUGCUGUUCAUAUGUUCUUUAUCGAUUUAUGCUUAUUUCUUAUAUUCCUACAAAUACUGGGCUAGAAGGAAAAUUCCAUAUCUCGAACCGAGAUUUCCUUAUGGCAAUCGACGCGAGCUUUUGUGUUAUACCAAAGGAUUUUGUUUGGAAUUGAUGGAUUUGUAUACACAAAUCAAAAACAGAGGAUGGAAAUUCGGAGGAUUCUACGGUGUAGUUUGGCCUAUAUUUAUGGUAACUGAUCCCCAAUAUAUCAAGGAUAUUCUUAAAAAGGAUUUUCAAUAUUUCAUAGACAGAGGUUUCUAUUAUCAGAAAUAUCAACCAAUCACCCACCAUUUAUUUAACGUUGAUGAAGUUCUAUGGAAAAACCUUAGAACCAAAUUAACACCAACUUUCACAAGCGGAAAAAUGAAAAUGAUGUUUCCGUUGAUAGACCAAACAACCGAAGGACUUUUGGGAGCAAUAGAGAAAUCUAUAGAUAAAAAACAAGAUAUAGAUUCCAAAGAGUGUAUGAGUAUGUUCACGAUAGACGUGAUUGUAUCUUGCGCUUUCGGAUUAAACAGUGAUUGUUUUAAUGAUCCUAAUCACAAAUUUAGGCACAUAGGAAAGGAAAUACUGACACGCCGUAAUAUAUUAGAGUUAUUAGCGCUAAUAAUUAGCAACUUCGCACCAGAUUUAGCUCUAAAAAUGAGACUUCCCAGUACGAAGCCUGAAGCUUUGAAAUUUUUCAAAGACAUAAUAUCUCAAACUAUACAGUAUAGAAAAGAAAACAAUGUAAAAAGAGAUGAUUUUCUGCAGCUUGUUAUGAAUUUGAUGGAAGAAACUCAAGAUACAGAUUUCCCUUUCACUUUAGAUCAACUGGUUGCCAACGUUAUUUUGUUUUUCGUUGCUGGUUUCGACACCUCAUCUUCGGCUUUGAACUUUUCAUUGUAUGAACUAGCAAGGAAUCAAGAUAUUCAAGAUAAAUUGAGAAAUGAAAUACAGGAUACGUUGAAAAAAUCGGAUGGAAAACUGACCUAUGACACACUCAAUCAAAUGUCUUAUCUUCAACAAGUCAUAGAUGAAAGUCUUAGGCUCUACCCAUCAGUUCCAAUUUUACAAAGAAAAUCUGUGAAAGAAUAUACACUUCGAGAUACUGAUAAGGUUUUAGAAAAAGGCACUUUAAUCACUAUACCGAUCAUUAGUCUUCAUAGAGAUCAUGAAUAUUUUCCGAAUCCGUUACAAUAUGAUCCAGAUCGAUUCAGUCCAGAAAAUAAACAUACUUUGAACCAAGAUUGCUAUUUACCAUUUGGAGACGGUCCUAGAAAUUGCAUUGGUUCACGAUUUGGACUAAUGCAAGUAAAAACAGGACUUGUUAGGAUAUUGUCAAAAUAUAAAGUGAACGUAAGUCCAAGUAUGAAGAUUCCUGUACAACUUGAUGAGAGAGUUUUCUUGAUACAAACUACAGAACCAAUAUUUUUGAGAUUUGAACGAGUUUAAUUUGAUUUUAAUAAAAAAAUUUACUCCACUAA